GCGCCCCCCCCCGCCUGCGGCGCCUGCGCAGAGCCGUCGGCCUCCCGGGGGCUGCAGCGUGAGGCCGAGCGGGCUCUCCGUCUCCGGGGAGAGGAUGGCGACCGACUCGUGGGCGCUGGCGGUGGACGAGCAGGAGGCGGCCGCCACGGCCUCGCUGAGCAACUUGCACCUGAAGGAGGAGAAUCUCAAGCCAGAUGCCAACGGUGCCGUUGUCAAGACAAGCAACAAUGCCGAGAAGACAGAAGAGGAGGAAAAGGAGGAUCGGGCCGCCCAGUCGUUGCUGAACAAGCUCAUCCGUAGCAAUUUGGUGGACAACACGAACCAGGUGGAGGUGCUGCAGAGGGACCCCACCUCCCCCCUCUACUCGGUCAAGUCUUUCGAAGAGCUGCGCUUGAAGCCCCAGCUGCUGCAGGGGGUGUACGCCAUGGGGUUCAACAGGCCCUCCAAGAUCCAGGAGAACGCCCUGCCCAUGAUGCUUGCGGAGCCCCCACAGAACCUGAUUGCCCAGUCCCAGUCCGGCACCGGGAAGACGGCAGCCUUCGUCUUGGCCAUGCUCAGCCGGGUGGAGCCAGACCACAGAUAUCCCCAGUGCCUCUGCCUUUCCCCCACCUACGAGUUGGCCCUCCAGACAGGGAAGGUCAUCGAACAGAUGGGCCGCUUCUACCCUGCGCUGAAGCUGGCCUACGCCGUCCGGGGCAACAAGCUGGAGCGUGGCCAGAAGAUCGCCGAGCAGAUCGUCAUCGGCACACCGGGCACCGUCUUGGACUGGUGUUCGAAGCUCAAAUUCAUCGACCCCAAGAAGAUCCGGGUGUUUGUUCUGGAUGAGGCCGAUGUCAUGAUUGCCACCCAGGGGCACCAGGACCAGAGCAUCCGCAUCCAGAGGAUGCUUCCCCGGGAUUGCCAGAUGCUGCUCUUCUCAGCCACCUUCGAGGACUCGGUGUGGAAGUUUGCCCAGAAGGUGGUUCCCGACCCCAACAUCAUCAAGCUGAAGAGGGAGGAGGAGACGCUGGACACCAUCAAGCAGUAUUACGUCCUCUGCAGCAGCCGGGAGGAGAAGUUCCACGCCCUCUGCAACAUCUACGGGGCCAUCACCAUCGCCCAGGCCAUGAUCUUCUGCCAUACUCGCAAGACGGCCGGCUGGCUGGCGGGGGAGCUGUCCAAAGAAGGCCACCAGGUUGCCCUCCUGAGCGGGGAGAUGAUGGUGGAGCAGCGGGCGGCCGUGAUUGAGCGCUUCAGGGAGGGCAAGGAGAAGGUCUUGGUCACCACCAACGUCUGCGCCCGAGGCAUAGACGUGGAGCAAGUCUCUGUGGUCAUCAACUUUGACCUUCCGGUGGACAAAGACGGGAACCCGGACAACGAGACCUACCUGCACCGCAUCGGCCGCACGGGGCGCUUCGGCAAGCGAGGUCUGGCCGUCAACAUGGUGGACAGCAAGCACAGCAUGAACAUCCUCAGCCGCAUCCAGGAACAUUUCAACAAGAAGAUCCAUAAAUUGGAUACAGAUGAUUUGGAUGAGAUUGAGAAAAUUGCUAACUGAAGGGGUGGCUGAGGGGAUCGGGGGUGCCCGCCUUCCACUCUGUGGCUGUCCCACCCAGAAUGGACACGCCAUCCCAACAGGCACGUCUCUUCACCAGCCACAUGAGAAGUGGGGUGUCAUUUCCCCCCUCCCCACCUCCCGAGAUCACAGAAGUUACCUCAUCUUCUUCAACCAACAACGAUGCGGCUGGACUUUUAAUUUCCAAAUUAGCGCAAACUGGAGAACGGAAGACACAUUUCGCAAAGAAAUGUUUACAGUAACUUUUUUUCUUUUUUUUCUUUUAGUUUAGCCUUAAGAGUGGGGGAAGCUCUUCAAUUAUGAAAACGAUGCCAAAAAAACCCCAAAACAUAGCCAAUAAUUAGAAGGGAUUUUAAUGCCUGUUUUAUGGAGAGGGACAGUACUAAGAUUGAACAGACAAAUAUCUAUAGAUUGUGAUUUUUUUUUUCUUUUACACUUCAAAGAGAGCAAAUGUCCCAGGGCUCGUUUUGUGGUGGGUAUGUGUGAAGUGGGCAAAGAUUGCUAUUUUUACUCAUGGAAAAUCGCCCUGCUCCUUUUCUGGUUCCCCUCCCACCCCCAGUUGAUGGCAUGACGGUCUGCCGUUUCAUUCUUAUCCUUUUUCUGCUCCCCAAGAAACUUCGGGGAGUUGCAAUCCCAGGUGGGGAAUCUCGAGACGUUGGCUGGCUUUUCAGGGGUGGCCGGGGAAGGGAAGCCAAAAGUUGUUGGCAGGUUCGCAGGACCUCACCUGCAGGUAAAUAGGCAGGUAAAAUUAAAAGAUGUUUGAGCAGAAAUGAGGGACAGCUCAGCAGGGGAAGUAUUUGUGAGAACUUUUAAUGCUGAGCUAAAGCUAAAUCCAGAGGAAGGAAGGAAGGAUAGGCAGGAAGAGGGGUUUUCAGCUUCACCUAUGGGCAGCUGUCUGUUGGAAGGGCUGAGGAGCCCCCUCCCCUUUUAACGGAGCCAUGCUGAGAAUUGCAUCUUUAUUCCCCGAGUCCCAGCAGGUCCUUUUCCCGUCCAUCGUUGGUGGGGCAUCAAGCCAGUGGUUUGCAUUUUGUGUGCGUGCGUGCGCGAGUGUGGUUGGUUGCUAUCAAAUUGAUCUGGCCCCAAUUUGGCUUUUUUGGGGUGGGGGGGGUGAGGAGAGAGAGAUCAUGCCUACAAUUGCAGUGACCCCAAAUGACGUUUGGUCCGGCGGUGGCAGGAAGGGGCAUCUCUGGCCGAAGAGGCUCAUCAAAUGCAACUUUUUUCCCCCUCUGGGUUCAGUUUGGAUUCUCCGAUUGCGCCGUGGCAGGCACAGCAAGGGUUGGAUCCGGUCGCUUUCUCUCUCUCCCCCUUUGUGGCACAGUAGAAUUGAAAGUAUUUUUAUUCACGCUUGGGGGGGGGGGGGGGGGGGGUGGGGGGGGCAAAGAGCUCCUGGCUUCCCGCUUGAUACGGGACCCUUUUCUAAAAUGAUUAAUUGUGAAUUCUUGAGUUUUAAAGGAAGCCUGGGGCUGGGACUGAGGUGGGGAUUCUUUCCAUGAAAAAUACGAUAUAUGCGCCCUGCUCGUUUUAGAAAUUUACCUAAAUUUUUAGGAUGUUUGUGCACAGCCUCUUCUUCGGUUUCUGUCCAUGGCUUUACGGGGUCUUCGGGGGAGGUUUAAAAAAACAUAGCUGUACACAGAUUUAGUAUGCUGGGGCAUACUUAUUUUUAUUCCACAGGAGAUAACAGGCAGACGUGGGCUGUAUGUGGCAGGGAGCCUUCAAUCCGCUCUGGCCACACCAAGUGACCACGCGAGCCGGGCACACAGUGGCAGCCAGGGCUGCUUUCCGAUGUAACUUCUCAGCUAGAAUAAAGACCGCACGAGAUUUGA